GGAACAGACGAGAUUAACAACCAACCGGUCGUCCCAAUCGCGUCAGUCGCUCGCUGUUGAUCACUUAAUAGGGUUCUGUGGUGUGGUGUGUCUCGGUUAGUGUCGCUCAGAAAAUGUUCAUCUAUCUGCUGCUGGCCGUUAUCACGGUGGCCGUCUGGUACGUGCACCGGAAGUACUCGUUCUGGGCGGAUCGUGGUGUGCCGUUCGUGAAACCGCGAUUCCCGUUCGGCAACAUACAGGGCAUCGGCCGUCGGAUGCAUUCGUCGCAGUUGAUGACGAAGUUCUACAACGAGCUGAAACCGUCCGGAAGGUCAUUCGGGGGAAUCUUUUUCUUCACCAAUCCCGUGGCGCUCGCGCUCGAUUUGGACUUUGUGAAGAGUGUGCUGGUGCGGGACUUUGCCUACUUCCACGAUCGGGGCGUGUACUACAACGAGAAGGAUGAUCCGAUCUCGGGCCAUCUGUUCAACAUCGAGGGCACCAAGUGGACCAAUCUGCGCAAGAAGCUCGUACCGACCUUUUCGUCCGGGAAGAUAAAGCAAAUGUGUCCAACGAUCGUUUCCGUCGGUGAUCGGUUCCGCGAGUGCCUGGAGGGCAUCUGCAACAGCACCGGUGGGGAGGAGGUGGAGAUGAAGGAACUGCUGGCACGGUUCACCACCGACGUGAUCGGAACGUGCGCAUUCGGCAUCGACUGUAACAGUUUGAACGAUCCGAAUGCCGAGUUCCUCCGGAUGGGUCGCAAGGUGUUCGAGGUGCCACGUGGCCGCAUCCUGAAGUUCUUCUUCAUGGCCUCGUUUAAGGAGUUUUCGCGCCGAAUCCACAUCAAGGGUACGGCCGACGAUGUAUCGGCGUUCUUUUUCAAGGUCGUCCGCGAGACGAUCGAGUAUCGCGAGAAGCACAACGUGCAGCGGAACGACUUUAUGAAUCUGCUGAUGCAGCUGAAGAACAGUGGCCAGCUGCUGGAUGACUCCGGUGAUGAGGUGGUUGGUAAGCUGAGCUUGAAUGAAGUGGUAGCGCAGGCGUUCGUCUUUUUCCUCGGUGGAUUCGAAACAUCUUCGACCACGAUGUCGUACUGCUUGCAUGAGCUGUCGUUGAAUCAUGAGAUACAGCAACGUGCCCGGCAGUGUGUGCUCGAAGCGGUACAGAAGCACGGUGGCCUCACGUACGAGGCGCUCAUGGAUAUGCCCUACAUCGAUCAGUGCAUCAAUGAAUCACUCCGCAAGUACCCACCGGGUGCGAAUCUGAUACGGCAGGUCAACCAAGAUUACCGUGUGCCCGGAACCGAUGUCAUCUUCCCGAAAGGCAUGAACGUCAUGAUUCCCGUGUACGCGAUCCAUCAUGAUCCGGAACAUUAUCCCGAUCCGGAGCGCUACGAUCCCGAUCGGUUCGCGACCGAACGGACGCCGUUCACGUUUCUACCGUUUGGCGAAGGGCCACGUAUCUGCAUUGCGCAGCGCUUCGGGAUGCUGGAGGCACGCAUCGGUCUCUCGGUGCUGCUGAUGAACUUUGCCUUUUCGCGAUGCUCGAAGACAAGCGUCCCGCUCGUGAUUUCGUCGCGCCAUGCAGUACUCACACCGGAAGGUGGAUUAUGGUUGAAGGUCGAGAAACUGAAGGCAUAACAGGUCAGUCGAAACUACUGGCAAUAGCAGAAACUAAUCAAUACCAGCAGGGAUAUAAACUGUGAUGGAUUGUUGUAGGAUGGUGAUGGUACAGUGGUAGAAGUAAUGGUUUUUAUCAAAAACGUAGCUCUAAGAAACACAAACCGAUCGAGGCUCGAAUGGAAAAUCUCAAUCUGUUAUCAACAUGCAAAUGUAGAAGCUCUUCAUCGCACAUGGGAGGUUACUACCGUU